AUGGAUCACCACCAUCACCACCACCACCACCAUCAUCACAUGAUCCCGGGCCAAGAGCCGUCGGCGGCGGAAGGCGCAGCCCCGGACAGCUUCUUCCUCGGCCCCGCCGCGGCCGUCAUCUUCUCCGGAGGCGCCGGGGCGUCGGGGGCCGGCUCGUCGUCGUCGGGCGCUGCGGCCCUCGGAUCCUCCGUGGGGGGAGGAGGUGGGCCGUCGCCGUCCAGCUCGUCGCCGUCGCUGAGCCGGUACGAGUCCCAGAAGCGCCGGGACUGGAACACGUUCGGGCAGUACCUGCGCAACCACCGGCCGCCGCUGUCGCUGUCGCGGUGCAGCGGCGCGCACGUGCUGGAGUUCCUCAAGUACAUGGAUCAGUUCGGCAAGACCAAGGUGCACACGCCGGUGUGCCCCUUCUACGGGCACCCCAACCCGCCCGCGCCGUGCCCGUGCCCGCUGCGCCAGGCGUGGGGUUCCCUCGACGCGCUCAUCGGCCGCCUCCGCGCUGCCUACGAGGAGAACGGCGGCACGCCCGAGAUGAACCCCUUCGGCGCGCGCGCCGUGCGGCUCUACCUGCGCGAGGUGCGCGAGACGCAGGCGCGGGCCAGGGGGAUCAGCUACGAGAAGAAGAAGCGGAAGAAGCCGUCGGCGGCUUCGGCCGCGGCCGCGGGGCCGUCGUCCGAGGGAAGCCCGCCACCGGGGCCGUCUGGCGGCGGAGGAGGACCCGACACGUCGGCGUCGCCGCAGUUCAUCAUGCCGUGA